AUGGUAUUGCUUCAAAUCUUCAUCCCUCCAUCCAGACUGCGCCCACUGACAUACAGUAUCCAGGUAUACAAUUCGGAGAAUUUCACCCUCUACGACUGGGAGUUAAACAUUGCCGAGGCUCAAAAGGCCCAUCUGGACGCAUUUGCGCUCAACCUCGCGUAUAAUUAUCCAACAAACAACCGCUCCCUAGAAAACGCCUUCAAAGCCGCACGCACACUGGACUUCAAACUCUUCUUCUCCUUCGACUAUGUAGGAAACGGUGCCUGGCCCGAGGGCGACGUAAUAGCCGUCAUCAACAAAUACAGAGACAAUCCAGCAUACUACCAAUACAGAGGCAAGCCCUUCGUCUCCACCUUCGAGGGUUCAUCAAACGCCACCGAUUGGUCUACAAUCAAAAAGUUCGCAGACUGUUUCUUCGUACCAAGUUGGUCGGCCCUAGGAGCCAAGGAAGCGUUAGCAGUUGCUCCAGGAGUCCCAGACGGGCUAUUUUCCUGGGCAGCAUGGCCGGAAGGCUCCGAAUCAUUAAAUACAUACGUCGACUCGACAUACAUGCAAUGGCUCAAAGACGCUGGCGACCUGCCGUACAUGAUGCCCGUCUCACCAUGGUUCUACACCAACCUACCAGCCUACGGCAAGAACUGGGUCUGGAACGGCGAUAGCCUCUGGUACGACCGAUGGGAGCAAGUUCUGUCACUGAAGCCCGAGUUCGUGGAGAUAAUCUCAUGGAACGACUACGGCGAGUCGCAUUAUAUCGGACCGCUACAUGAUGAUGCAUAUGCAACCUUCGAGAUCGGCAAUGCGAACUACAACUACGCCGCUAAUUAUCCGCACGAUGGAUGGCGGAGCUUCCUGCCCUUCGUCAUUGGCCUGUAUAAGACCGGCAAAACAAGCAUACAAGACGAGGGUGUUACUGCUUGGUUCCGACAGAUGCCUGGCAAGGCAUGCAAGAAUGGUGGCACCAUGGGCAACUCGGUGACACAGGGGCAGAAGGUCGUUCCACCGACGGAUAUCCUGCGAGACGAAGUGUUCUACUCUGCACUGCUGCAUUCCGCGAUUGCAGUGGAUGUAGCGGUCGACAUUGGUGGCGUUGUGCAAGACGGGAAGUGGAAGAGUACACCGUCUGGUCAGAUUGGACUUUACCACGGCAGUGUGCCAUUCGAUGGCAAUACCGGGCAGGUGGUAGUGACGAUAUCGCGGCGAGGGAACAAGAUUGCGGAAAUGCGAGGUGCAUCCAUCUCGGACUCUUGUCCGAAUGAUAUUCAGAACUGGAAUGCUUGGGUUGGUUCUGAUCUUGCGAACAGCAGCAGCAUGGAGAAGACUACGACUACCUCUGCGAAGCCCACGGCUACAUCUUCGAAUUCUGCUGCUCCGGCUAUUCUUGCUUUGUCGAGAGUUCCAUUUACGCUGUUUUAUGUGACAUUGGUUGCAAGUAUGGUGUCUGCGAGCCUAACGUAG